AUGCCAUACAAAUCCACAUCCCAUUUACUCCCCAUACCGUCCACUGUCCGUCCGUUUCAGGAUAUGAAUGCCUCUCAAAGGGACAAACGGCUGGACAGUCAGAACAACUGCACGUGUGUUAGGAGUUCCGGAUCGUUCGGCUCCACAGUUAUAAAGCCGUUGUGCGGUAACUAUGGGGCCGAACACUGUUCGCCCGACCGGUGGGUUGAGUCAAUCGGCACCAAAAACCCGUCACCUUUUCAGAUCAACUUUCACAUAACGACCGAUGAGACUAUCGAUGGACACAAACCAAUGAAUCAAACGCCGUGGUCUUGUAAAGCAGCACCCAUUGGGUACUCCAAUCAGCCCUGUAGUUGUGCCGACUGUCCAGCCGUCUGUCCCUUUCAAAAGCAUUCGUAUCCCGAACCGGAUAUUCAAUGGACGGUAUGGGGAGUGAAUGGGAUGUGGAUUUUAGCCAUCGGUCUGUCGGUGGGAAUAGUGACGAGUUUUGUUGCGAUGACAGAUCCCGUGAGUCUGUGGUCGACCCCUACCUCUCGGGCCCGCAAUGAGAAGGACUUCUUCGACCAAAACUUCAGUCCUUUCUAUAGAACUCAACAAAUCAUUGUUCGGCCGAAGAAUGAGACACUCGUCACACAUCCCGACCCUAAGAACGAGUCCAUUGUCUAUACGUUUGGACCGGUAUUUGAAAAGCAAUUCCUAUUACAAGUGCUUGACUUACAGCUUAAAGUCAUGAAUAUAUCGGUGAGAGUGGACGGGGAGGAAGUGGUGUUGAGUGACCUGUGCUUCGAUCCCAUGAAGAAUAAGAUGUGUGCCGUUCAGACACCUUUGGGUUGGUUUCAAAGCAAUGCCUUCCGACUCGACUAUAUCUACAAAAAGGACAAAUUGGAGUACAAUUACCUGGAUCACAUGCUCACAUAUUUUGAUGGCAUAUCGUGCGCCGGUAGGUUUGGGGGACCGAUGUUUCCCAACGUAGUGUUGGGUGACUUCGAUGAGUCUCAACCACUUCCCGAAGCAUACCUAACCUCCCGGUCUAUUGUCAUCACAUUUCUGCUCAACAAUAAUGUGGACGACAGUAAAAACAGGAAAGCCAUACAAUGGGAACAGGAGUUUCUCAAUCUAUUGCAUGGUUACAGUCAUCCGAAUCUAGAGAUUGUAUACUUUUCUGAGCGCUCACUUCAGGACGAGUUGGACCGACAAAGCAUAUCCAGUCUCACGACUGUUGCCAUCAGUUAUAGCGUUAUGUUUGUCUAUAUCUCCAUAACUUUGGGUCGUUUCACAACAUUUCGCAGACUUUUCAUUGACUCAAAGAUGGUUUUAGGGUUGAGUGGAGUCCUAAUAGUGUUACUAUCGGUCACCGCAUCCAUCGGUUUACUCAGCAUUUGUGGCGUUAAGUCAACGCUUAUUAUAGCAGAAGUGAUCCCUUUCCUCGUACUGGCCGUCGGAGUCGACAAUAUUUUCCUUUUGGUUCAACACUUUCAGCGCCAGUCGUUUGGCACAGAAGUGUCUGUUGAGGAACGGGUGGCCGAAGUGCUGGAGAGUGUCGGGCCGUCUAUACUGCAGGCCGUGGUGUCCGAGUCGUCGUGUUUCCUGUUGGGAGCCCUGACUCCUAUGCCAGCCGUCAGAGUGUUUGCACUGAACGCCGGUUUAGCUCUUCUCAUGGCUUUCGUCCUUCAGAUGAUUGCUUUCAUACCAUUCCUCGUGUUCGACACAAACAGACAGUUAGACAACAGGUAUGAAGUGUUUUGUUGUGUCCGACAACACAAAAAACAGGAUAUGGAGAGCAAGGAUGACAAGGGAUUCCUCUAUCGAUUCUUUCAACACAUUUACGCACCGUUUCUGAUGAGGGAUUGGAUUCGUGUUUCAGUGAUAAGUCUAUUCAUCGGAUGGUUCUGUGCAUCGGUUGCGGUCAUCAGUGAACUGGACGUCGGUUUAGACCAACGACUGUCCGUUCCGUCCGAUUCCUAUGUAUUGCCAUAUUUUAACGCUCAGAUGAAUUCCCUGAGAGUGGGAGCGCCGGUAUAUUUCGUGGUUAAGGGUCCAUACGAUUACGACAACAAAUUCUAUCUUAUUGGAGGUGGCGCCGGGUGUUCAUCAAACUCCUUGUCCUCUCUACUAACAGAUGCUUCAAAGUAUUCAAAUCAAUCCUAUAUUGCGACUACUGUUCCCAACAGUUGGAUCGAUGACUAUAACAGUUGGGGUAAUCCUAGUAAUGACCGGUGCUGUCGGUUGCAUAACAAGAAUGUGUCGGCUUUUUGUAACUCUACGGACGGAGACAUCCCAAACUACAAGUGCUCUAAAGGUGGUGGACCGGCUUAUGGACCGUAUGUUCACUUAGAUUACAGUCAAAACAAUCCACAUUUCAUAAAAGCCUCGUCUUUUAAUACAUACCAUACGGUGCUUAAGAACUCUCAUGACUUCAUAUCUGCCCUCAAAAACGCCAGAAUAUUAGCCGAUAGUAUGACUGAAGCUAUAAAUCGCCAAAACAAAGAGGACGACCAGUAUGUAGAGGUCUACCCCUACUCUAUAUUCUACGUAUUCUACGAGCAAUACCUAACCAUCUGGAGGGACACUGUUGUCAAUUUGGUGAUUGCAUUGUCGGCUAUAUUUGUGGUG